AUGCCUCCACGACAACAGUUGGCUGCUCGGAAGGAAGCCGCUCGUCGUCGUCGCAUAAGCCUGGAAAAUGCUUUUAUAUCAUUGGCUAACAAAGCUACUACUCCCAUCAAUAGGCAGUAUGCUUUCGAUCAAUUUGACCGUCAUAGGCCUCCUACUUGUAAUGGUGCUGUUGACCAUGUGGCUCUGGAGAAUUGGUUACGGGAAAUGGAGAAUCUCUUUACGGCAACAAACUUCCCCGUUGCUGAAAUGGUCCCUAUUGGGACGUACUAUCUGAAGAGAGAUGCUGAUAAUUGGUGGGGUACGAUGAAGGCUGCAUGUAUGGCUACGGCUGGUUUUGGGUGGACUCAAAUCUUCGCCAAACUGAAUGAGAGGUUCUAUCCUAAUGAGUUGCGCUGGCAAAAGCAGGAAGAGUUUCUAUCUCUGACUCAAGGGAAUAUGGAUAUCCAAAAGUACACCGACCGCUUCACCGAGCUGCGUAAGUUAUCUGGUACUGUCAUUCCCACCGAAGCUGAUUGGGUUAUGAGAAUCAUAAAGAAGAUGGAUCCUAGAGUAAGGACCCUUGUGUUGUGUUCAGGAGUUUCUACUUUCCAAGCUGCUUAUGAGAUGGCCCUGAGUGUCCAUGCGUCAGUUAAAGAGCAAGAAGCUGUUAAAGCUGCAUCUGUGAGGAAGCCUUUUCCGUCUGUUGCUCCUGGUACGGCUAAGAAGCCGAGGUUUGAGCUGAGUUUCCGUGGUGGAUAUCAAGUUCCAGUUCUAGGCAUAGUUUUGAUUCGUCCAAGUGUCGAAGGUGUGAGAAGCCGGGAAGCUGGUCACAAGAGUUAUGAGUGUCCCAAGAAUCCGAGGGCUACUUCUAAGCUUCCUUCUACUUAUAGCCUUUCUGCUCCGCCGAAGAAUCGAGUUUACAGCAUGACUCAUUCCGACGCCGAUGUUCAUCUCGACGUCAUCUCUGGUACUUUUCUUGUUAAUUUAAUCCCUGAAUCUGUGUUGUUUGAUUCUGGUGCUUCCAUGUCAUGUGUGUCUACAUCUUUUGCCAAGAAAGCUAACCUGUCUUCGAGUUCUCCUCUUCGAACCCUUAUAUCUUUGCCUUCUAGUGAGAACUACCCUUGCUUUGCCGAGUAUCGUGAUGUGCCUAUUUCCAUGUUGGGUACCAAUCUUCCUGCCGAUCUAAAGGAAUUCUCCAUGGUUGAGUUUGAUGUUAUUUUGGGUAUGGAUUGGCUAUUUAAGUAUCGUGCUGAGAUUCAUUACCGCGAUCAAAAGGUAACUCUUCGUAGUCUGUGUGGCAAGCGUAUCUCCUAUAGUGGAGUAGUGUUGAAGAAUGGGGUAAAGAUCGUGUCUGCUCUCAAAAUGCAAAAGCUUCGUCAGAAAGGGGAGCAAGUGUUCCUCUGCAUGUUUAAGGAUUUGACUCAAGAGGUGAAGUUACAGGACAUUCCCGUUGUCCGUGAGUAUCCGAACGUCUUCCCUGAUGAGCUACCAGGUAUCCCUCCUGAAAGAGAGCUCGAGGUCAGCAUUGACCUAACUCCUGGUACUGCUCCUCUAUCAAAGGCCCCGUAUAGGAUGGCGCCUGCUGAGUUGCAAGAGUUGAAGACUCAGUUGCAAGAACUGAUUGAUAAGGGAUUCAUUAGGCCGAGUGUUUCGCCGUGGGGUGCUCCUGUUCUGUUUGUCAAGAAGAAGGAUGGGAGUAUGCGGCUUUGCAUCGAUUAUCGUGAAUUGAACAAGGUGACUAUCAAGAAUAGGUAUCCCUUGCCCCGCAUUGAGGAUCUGUUUGACCAGCUAAAGGGUACUGGAGUAUUCUCAAAGAUAGAUUUGAGGUCAGGUUAUCACCAGAUUCCAGUGAAAAGGGAGGAUAUUCAUAAUACCACCUUCCGUACAAGAUAUGGGCAUUAUGAGUUUGUUGUCAUGCCCUUUGGUCUUACAAAUGCUCCUACUGUGUUCAUGGGCCAGAUGAAUCGCUCUUUCCAUGAGUUCCUGGAUGCGUGUGUGGUUGUCUUCAUUGACGAUAUCCUGGUGUACUCUAAGAAUGAAGAAGAGCAUGAGAAGCAUCUGAGGUUGAUUUUGGGUAUUUUGAGGUAA